AUGGAGGGGCGUUCAGUGUUGAAAGUCGCUUCUCACAGGUCGGAGUUAAAGAACUUUUCUGAGAGUCAGAUGCCUGAGCAGGUGAGGAGGAUAGUUGAGGAUUUCCAUUUGAUGGGCUUUGUUAGAUGCUCCUUGACGAUGCUGGACGCCUCCCUGUUAUCAGCUUUUGUUGAGAAGUGGCACCUGAAGACAUCCUCCUUCCAUAUUCUAUUUGGGGAGAUGAUAGUGACUUUAGAUGAUGCGGAUGCCCUCUUUCACAUUCCGAUUGUUGGUAUAUUUUUCACACCAGUUUAUAGGGACCAUGUGGCGGCGUUGGGCAUGAUUAUGGAUGCUUUGGAGGUUGAUGAGGUGGGUGUGCUACGUGAAUUUGGUGAGACUCGGGGCUUUCAACUUAGGAUGUCUUGGUUGAGUACUACUUAUCAGGUGCUUGUGGAUGCAGAGCGGUACCAGGUUGCCGCUAGGGCCUACAUGCUACAUCUAGUGGCAUGUACUCUCUUUGCGGACAAGUCUGGAGUUUAUAUAGAUGUUCGAUACAUUUCUCUAUUCAACGCCCUUGACACCCCAUGUUGGGCUUGGGGAGUGGCGACAUUGACGAUGUUGUACACGACACUUGAUGAUGCAUCUCGUCCUUACACCAGACAGCUUGCUGGUUACAUACAGGGCAUCUCACGUUCGGUCCCAGAGGCUCCAGCUGGUGGCAUUGAUCGAUGGUUUCAGAGUAACAGCAUCAGCUCCCCCGCAAUUUCUGGUGCUGAGAUUAAAGGUUUUGGAAUCAAUUGCAACAUGCUCUUUAAAGUAGAAAUUACCAAAUUGACUUAA